AUGAAAGAGAAAGGAUGCACCCAAGAGAUGCACCUGAUGAACCACCGGCGCACCCACAAGGGAGAGAAGCCGUACUACAGUACAGACAGCGGCAACGUUUUCAGCAGGAAAGCAAACCCCGAAACGCUCACCAUGCAGCUAAGCCAUACCAUACUGCACCCACACAAGUGGGAGCUGUGUGGCAAGGCAUUCUGCGGACAAGCCAACCUUGUCUUUCACCAGCACGGGCACAGCGGUAUGUGCAUGUACACUUGCUCCGAGUCCGGCAAGGCCUUCAAGGAGUUCAGUGUCCUAGAAAUCCACAUGCGGGUGCAUACCGGAGAGAGACCCUAUAAGUGCGAGCACUGUGCGAUGGACUUCUCCCAGCUGGCUGCACUCCGUACCCACCUCCACCUGCACAUGGGUGAGGAACCAUACACCUGCUCCCAGUGUGCCAAGACAAUCCGCCAUAACAACAGUAUGGAGGACCAAAUGAGGUUGCACUCUGAUUGA